AUGAAGACGAUAAAGGAUGACCCCUUCCAUGAAGCAAAGCACGAAGUGGAUAUCUCAGUGAAGAAGCUGCAAAGUUUAUACAACAACUGGAGUAGCAUUCCGGACAAAAAUUCAAUCCUCGCCAAGGAGAAAUACUCCCGGAUAAAGGAAGAAAUAAAAUACCUUAACGAAGACUUAGAUGAUCUGGACAACUCCGUUAACGUUGUGAAAAAGAAUAUAUUCAAAUUUAACAUUAGCAAUGAGGAGUUGGAGAACCGAGAAAGUUCGCUGAAAAAUAUUCGAACCGUCCUGAACGAUAUUGCCAACAAUGUAACGUACAAGAUUUUAAACUAUAGUGGAGACAUGAAGGGAGAAUAUGACGCAGUUGUGCUCAAAAGGCAGGAUAACGAUUUGGACGAACUAGCCGAAUCAGCGGAGCGACUUCACAACGCCGCCAUUACUAUCAAUACAGAGUUGAAGGAUCAACAAAAGCUGCUUGACGAGUUGGAAAACGAAAUGGAUUACUCAAAUGAAAAAAUGAACUUUGUGACGAAAAAAAUUUCAGAUUAUUUAAAGACAAAUAAUCCGAAAAUACUGUCCCUAAUAGUCUACCUGACGCUUAUCUCAUUUUUUUUGUUAUUUGUCCUCGUGGUUUCCUGA